GCGUCUCCCUUUCGGGUUUGGUUUGGGAAACAAAAACAAGUCCCCACGGGCAGACCGAACCCUAGCUUCGCCUUUUCGACCUUCACCCUUGCCAUUCUCUCUUUAAGACCUAUUGUGAUGUCGUCGUCCGGCGGGGGUGGGGCUGGGCAGCAGUUCCGGUACACGCAAACGCCGUCGAAGGUGCUGCACCUGCGGAACCUACCCUGGGAGUGCACGGAGGAGGAGCUCGUUGAGCUCUGCAAGCCCUUCGGCCGCAUCGUCAACACCAAAUCCGGCGUCGGCGCCAACCGCAACCAGGCCUUCGUCGAGUUUACCGAUGUUAAUCAAGCCAUUUCAAUGGUUUCUUAUUUUGCAUCAUCUUCAGAACCAGCACAAAUUCGAGGCAAAACUGUUUACAUUCAGUAUUCAAAUAGACAAGAAAUAAUUAACAACAAGAGCCCUGGUGAGACUGUUGGAAAUGUGUUGCUUGUUACCAUAGAGGGUGUUCAAGCUAGUGAUGUCACCAUCGAUGUAAUCCAUUUGGUUUUCUCUGCUUUUGGAUUUGUUCACAAAAUAGCCACUUUUGAGAAGGCUGCAGGUUUUCAGGCACUGAUCCAGUAUACUGAUGCACCCACUGCAUCAGCAGCAAGAGAAGCCUUAGAUGGAAGAAGCAUCCCAAGAUACUUGCUUCCGGAUCAUGUAGUAUCCUGCCACUUGCGGAUUUCUUUCUCUGCGCAUAAGGAUUUGAACAUCAAGUUCCAAUCACACCGCAGCAGGGAUUACACUAACCCUUACCUUCCAGUCAACUCCUCUGCUAUAGAUAGUACAUUGCAGCCUGCUGUUGGUGCUGAUGGAAGGAGGGUGGAGGCUGAGGGUAAUGUUCUUCUUGCAUCAAUUGAGAAUAUGCAGUAUGCUGUAUCAGUGGAUGUUCUCCAUACUGUGUUCUCUGCAUUCGGUACAGUCCAGAAAAUUGCUAUUUUUGAGAAGAACGGUGGAACACAAGCUCUAAUUCAGUACCCUGAUGCAAGUACUGCUACAAUUGUGAAGGAAGCAUUGGAAGGGCAUUGCAUCUACGAUGGUGGCUACUGUAAGAUUCACCUGUCAUACUCUCGUCAUACUGAUCUCAAUGUAAAGGCUCAUAGUGACAAGAGCAAGGAUUACACAAUCCCAGAAGGAGCACACCAAGCAGCACCACAGCCAGCCGGUGUACCACCUACAACUGCAGGAUGGCAAGGUAAUUCUCAAGCAGCUGGACCAUACGGACCACCAGGUGUAGCUGCUCAAAACCAGAACACCAACGGACAAGUGCCGAAUUGGAAUCCCGGCAACUCAGGGUACCCACCAGCUCCAGGCCAGUAUCCAGGCCAUAUGUACUCAUCUCCUCCACCACAGCAGUACACGGCGACAUCAGGGGGCUUCUCCGCCCCUCCGCCACCGCCACCUCAUGAGAUGCAUCCUUCACACCAAAUGCCACCUGCUCAUCAUGGAAAUCAGCAGAGACCGGCAAGUGGUGCCCCUGGAACCGGCCAACCAUCUCCGUAUUACCACCAUUAAGUGUGUGUACCUAGUUUAUUGAGUUUUGUAACUCUACAAUACUGCUACCCUCUUUUGUUUAUCAUCUCCGCCCUACAAUGAAAUAACAGUCAAUAAAUUCUCAUCCAUCAUUUUUUUGUCAAUGCGAGGCAUUGAUGGAAA